AAACGAAGGCCGCUGACAAGAUCCCGGGCGAGCCCCCGUUCUGCCCGUCGAACCACUAACGAACCACCAAUCAGAGACCGGCAAUAAUGGUUUGUCUUUGACCUCUAUUCAUCUGUUCUUUCCUUUUAAUUGAGUUUCACUUCGAAACCGUGGUCAGAGUCGGAGGAACAGGCUGUGGAACCGUUCAGUCAAAACAUUCUUCAGUUUUCCAAGUGGUAGAUAAGGUGUCAAUUAAGAAUUAGGAACAAUGACCACUACUACCCAACGUCUUGUAGAUUACUAUCAGUGGGUCAUUGAAAAUGGCGACCCUAAGACUGAAGAAUGGCCCAUGAUUGCCACUCCAUGGCCCACUAUUUCUCUGGUGGCCAUCUAUCUGUUCAUUGUGAAAGUUGGACCCAAGGUCAUGGAGAAUAGGAAAGCUUACAGCCUAAGAGAAGUGCUCAUAGUCUACAACAUGGCACUUGUUGCUCUGUCGGCCUGGAUGGUGUACGAAUUCAUUGCCUCAGUCCUGGAUAUCCCAAACUUCAAUCUUCUUUGUGAGCGCGUCCCUUAUGUCCGUGAUGACCCAAGACAAACUAGGCUGGCUCGAGUUUGUUACAUUUAUUAUCUGUCCAAGUUUGUGGAGUAUCUAGAAUUAGGAACAAUGACCACUACUACCCAACGUCUUGUAGAUUACUAUCAGUGGGUCAUUGAAAAUGGCGACCCUAAGACUGAAGAAUGGCCCAUGAUUGCCACUCCAUGGCCCACUAUUUCUCUGGUGGCCAUCUAUCUGUUCAUUGUGAAAGUUGGACCCAAGGUCAUGGAGAAUAGGAAAGCUUACAGCCUAAGAGAAGUGCUCAUAGUCUACAACAUGGCACUUGUUGCUCUGUCGGCCUGGAUGGUGUACGAAUUCAUUGCCUCAGUCCUGGAUAUCCCAAACUUCAAUCUUCUUUGUGAGCGCGUCCCUUAUGUCCGUGAUGACCCAAGACAAACUAGGCUGGCUCGAGUUUGUUACAUUUAUUAUCUGUCCAAGUUUGUGGAGUAUCUAGACACUUUCUUUUUCAUUCUGCGAAAGAAGAACAAUCAAGUUACGUUCCUGCACGUGUAUCAUCACGCAAGUAUGUGUGUGCUGUGGUGGAUGGUUUGCAAGUGGAUUCCAGGUGGUGUCUCCUACUUUGGUGCAACAUGUAAUAGUUUUGUUCACGUGGUUAUGUACGCUUAUUAUGGUCUGUCUGCGAUUGGUCCCCAAAUGAGGCCUUACCUGUGGUGGAAGCGAUACAUCACUAAGCUUCAACUGACGCAAUUUGCUGUGAUAACUAUAUCUGGUAUCGCUGCCAUACUGAACCACGAUUGCAAAUAUCCCUACUGGGCAAAAUGGGUCAUGCUUUGCUAUACUCUUAUUAUGAUGGCGCUGUUCACCAACUUUUACAUUAAAACUUAUCUGCAAAAGGGGAAAGGCAAAGAGCACGGCAAAAAGGAAUCGUAGAGGACUGCUGAACAGGAAGCAUGGAAUGGACUCUAACACGACAUAAAUGCAUUGGGAACUAAAUUGGCUAUCAGUGUAAUAUGGAGAUUUAUGGACUUUUCAGAAUUAGCUAUAAAAAUUGUAAAGGACUAGCAGAGUUGAAAACUUUGCGUAUUUAACAACGAAAUUAUACGAGAAAUUGAGAAAUGGACUUCAUACUUUUUAACAUUAAUCGACUGUCGUUUUGUGAAAUUGACAAAAAAAAGUGAUAUUUAUCGGGCAAACGGAUGUUUCAGAGGUCACCCUUGUCUAGGCUGUUAUUUAUCUGUACUAAUGUAAAUGGGGGAGAAGUUUUUACUACGCCUUUUGCUAUAUCAAAGUAUAUAAUAAUGCUAUGGUGAAGAAAUCUGCCUCUGUAAACUGAUAUUUUUCUAAUCUGAAUGAAAAUUUUAUACCCUUUCAUUUAUGUGUUGCGAUGUACAUAAUUAAGGUUCUUUUACGUUAAGAUGGAUUGUUACAGAAAGUUUUGGGAGCCUUUUUUAUGACAAGGCUUCAACUCGUACGGUUUUCAUUUUUUU